AUUCUUACUGAGAUUUUUGUCCGACGCAAUGGGAGAGCCCUCUGUUGAUCACAUGCCCGCAUCAUUGCAGUCACUGCAAAGGGGUGAGGCUUCUGCGGAGAGUUCACACCCUCAAACUGUUGCUCCAUUUAUUUCAGUAAUUGAUAUUCAGGAUGAUGAACAACAACUAGUAGCUGGUGAAGAAGACUGUUUGAUUCAAGUUAUGGAAUGUCGCAUUUGUCAGGAAGAAGACAAUGUUAAAAAUUUAGAGAUUCCUUGUGCUUGUAGUGGCAGUCUGAAGUAUGCGCAUAGGAAAUGUGUCCAGCGAUGGUGCAAUGAGAAAGGAGAUGUAACAUGCGAGAUUUGCCAGCAGCGUUACCAACCAGGCUAUACAGCUCCACCUCCUAUCCAACCUGAUGAUACCACCAUUGAAAUCAGUGGGGGCUGGACUAUUGCUAGUUCUCCUUUGGAUUUGCGUGACCCGCGACUUCUGGCUAUGGCGGCAGCUGAACGUCAUCUUCUCGAGGCUGAUUAUGAUGAGUACGCUGACUCAAAUGCUAGUGGAGCUGCAUUUUGUCGUUCUGCUGCUUUGAUUCUAAUGGCUCUUCUACUCUUGAGGCAUGCUUUAACAUUGGGAAAUGGUGGCAGUGCUGAUGAUGAUGUAUCAACCUUUUUUUCCCUUUUCUUGCUUCGGGCUGCCGGCUUCCUUCUUCCCUGCUACAUUAUGGCUUGGGCCAUCAGUAUGUUGCAGCAUCGAAGACAAAGGCAGGAAGCCGAAGCUCUAGCAGCAAGUGAAGUUGCUUUCAGGCUGCAGGCAGGGCAACAUGGGGGUUUGCAGGUCACAAUAGCACCCGAACCUGGAGCAAUAACAGGACCAAGCGUGAAUCCUCAUCCAGAGCCCGUUUAAUUAACUCUCAGCUUUCAUACAUCCUGCACACAUUGACAUAUGAAGAACUGAAGAUGACAGGUUUUUUCUUGUAGAAUCUUGGUGUGUUUUCUACAGAACUCUGUAUUCUGUUUCAGUAUUUUCUUUUUCUCUGCAAAUUUUAAACCAAACUUGCUCGAAUUGCACCUUUGUUUGUAUUCAGGGAAUCUUAAAUUUACAGAGCCGUUUUCGAAUAUAUCGAGUAUGACAGCGUUUGUUUUGAUCAGAUAA